GCGGGGGUGCAGAUAACCGACCUGAAGGUGCCGGCCGCAGUCCGGAACGGUUCGUCGUCGGCGGUGCUCGACUGCGAGUACUCGCUCAAGCCGGAGGACCAGGACAACAACUCGGGCCUGGUGGUCAAGUGGUUCUUCAACAACAGUCCGGAGGCCGUGUACCAGUGGAUCCCCGACCAGAAGCCGCAGGACCUGGGCGCCCUCAAAGGGCGGCUCAACCUCGACUACCUGGCGUCGGACAACAAGUACACCAAGCACCGCGCCCUCAGCAUCUCCAACCCCACCACAGACCUCACCGGCGACUACCGCUGCUCCGUGUCCACCUUCAAGGAUGAGGACUUCAUGAACAAGAAGAUGGUCGUCUUUGAGCCUGGACGAGAGCUCGACUUUCGACGAGCCAAGCCGACAGACGACUCCGUCAACGUGACGUGCGUCGCACGCUCGGUUUUUCCGGAGCCAAAACUUCACUUAUUUGCGGAGAAGUCCAAGGACAGGUGGACGCUGCCCGACCUGGUGAUCAAGUCGUCGGCGACGCCUGGUGUGGGUGGCGCAGCUUACGAGGUUCGAGCCUCUGCCCACGUGGAGGACUCCAACCUCGAAUCUCCCACCAUCUUCGGCUGCGAGAUGCACAUUCCGGGAACCACGUACGUCACGAGAAAGACCUUGGUCUACUACCCGGGUCUUCUGCAGCCGCCCAACGGCGGCCCGGCGACCUGGCGACCGCGGCAAGUUCUCCCAAGCUCCGCCAUGGCGCUGCUGCUGCUUGCGGCGACCUGCUGCUGAGGAACGGCCUAAUACGCCGCGUUGCAGAAUGCGGCCCGAUAAGUGGCAGAAACGCCGUCUGGACCUUCGAGACAAGCGGUCGCCAUCUCGCAACGUGCCACGGCCCGAAGACCCCGGCACCGGCGAGAAACUGCAGCGACUGGGGGCUUGCUUUUGUCUGGUAGCGGCAGCGGUGCGCUGUUUCCCAAGGGCUCUUGGCGUGGCAUGCAGACUUGCAGGCAAAAGCCUUCGAGAACGGCGCAAAAAAAUGUACUCGAAACUUGAUGAACAGGGUAACAGCCUUUAAAGACUGGUGGCCAAAAGAAAGGAAAAGAAGGGUGUACGGACAGAUGAGCUAUUUUACUUCGCCGUAACAAACUUCGUUCCAUAUAUCGUGUUUCUGAAUUAAAUGUUCUCUCACAUUUAAUGGAAAAUACAUUGUAUAUAAAUAUAUUCUGUUAUUGGUGUGCUACGGUACGAAAUGUUCAAAUACUAAAUGUUCACUAACCUUCAUUACAAAGUAAUUGAUUUUUACCUAAUUAAUGUUUCAGCUAUAAUGAGUGUUGCUAUUAUAUUAAGAGAUAUUUCUAUAUGUGAAACAGCAGUGCAUAUACGAGCCUACUACCUUGUUCCAAAGGUACUUCAUUCAGAUAACCAUCUCAAAGGAAACAACGGCUCUGUGGGAUCACAUCUGUUAUUGGAAAACUUGUUCAUCAUUUCUCUGGCGUGCUUUACUAACUACAGUUCGAGAACACAAGUAAUUAACAUCCAGUACAAUUUAGUUCUAUUGAAAAUCUUACAAUAGCCAAAAUUAUGUAUCAUAUAUCGUUCGUUUCUACUCAUGUGGAAUUUCUUCGACGUAUUUUACGAACUGCAGUUCGACAGCACAGGUGAUACACUUUCAGAACUAUUCAGUAUCACUGACAUUCUUACAAGAUCCCAAAGCCAGUACAGUACGAUAGUUUUUUCUUCCUUUUCCACUCAUGUGACUGUUCAUAAUUUACUACAAACGAACACAAUGCGCUGUUUGGAUCCACGGUUUCUAACUAAAUUUACAUGUCCCAUUAAGGCAGCACUUUGUCCAGCAUAUUCUUUCCUCAAUGAAUUGAAGAAUUACUUUCAGAUGUGCUGUUUAUUUAGAAAGAGUUUCUGAAGUAUCCAUUUGUGAUUACACGCCACUUAAAAACUCAGCAAUCAGCUUGUAAAGAUCCUGGCCCUUUUUCUGAUUUUCCUUUCACGUCCAGUUCACUAGGUGCACAUUGUUACUCUGGAUUGCGUAACUACAUUCAGAAACUCUGUUGCCAUGUCAAACUAUUAAUGAAGAUAGCGGAAUAUGUUGAUGACCAAAUCAUCAGGCAAACACGUGGCUCACAGACUGUUGCUUGUUGUUAACAUGUGUUUUCCCGAAACGUGUUUCCAAAGACUAACACAGUGAAAGACACGAUUGUUCUCUAUGUGUUAACUGUUUCUUAUACUGUGCAUUGUUGAGUUCUCCAGCUGGCCUCUUUAAACUUAAAUACUGACUUAUGUACAUAACUGUAUAAAGGAUGAACGUGUUACAUUGUUGCUGAUUUGUUCAUAAGAAAACAAAUAUUGGUUGUGUUACG